GAGCUGACCCAGAGGAUCUUGUAUCUGUUUGGCUGCCAUCUACAGGACUACAUCAGGGCCAAGGAACUGGUGGCUGAGCAGCAGAUGCCCCUGACAGCAGAGUGUAGCAACGAGAGUGAGCGGUUGUGGAAGGUGUAUUCCAGGGUUACCACACCUCAUCUAGCCAUGGCCAGUGACACAGUGGAACUCAACUACACCCGAGCAGUCGUUGACUUGUUGCUGCAUGUUUUGGUGCCAUCGCCGCACUUAGAGACCCGCACUGGGCGAUUUGUUGUUGGAGAACUCAUCACUUGUAAUGUCUUUCUCCCUCUCAUUGGAAAACUGUCUGACCCUGACUGGCUAAACCUUCUCAUGAUUGAAAUAUUUGAAAAGUCCCAAAAGCCACAGGAACCAGUUGUUACAGAGCCAAUGACAUCAUUGUCAUCACCAUCCCCUGCUGAAUCAGAGCUUGGUUCGCUACAACAGACAACACAUGCACCUCAGAAGAAUACGGAAAGUCCUCCAGCAAGAGCAGAGACUGAAAUGGUCCAAGAGACAGAGAUGAAUGAGCUUGGUGCCUGUGAUGUCUUUGACUCAGAGGAGGUGGACUGUCCACAGAAUAGAAUAGCUGAAGAGGAAGAAACUACUCAACCUUAUCUAAAGCAUUGCACAAGAGUCAAGUCAAGCCCAUUUUACCAGGAAAAUUACUCUGAUCCAAAUUCUCCUUUGGUUGGCUAUAAACGGAGUUCUAGUGAUUCCCUGGUCAUGAUAAGGCGAGAGGAGGGUCUCUAUGACAGAGAGAAAGAAUAUAUUACAUCUGUCGAAAACCACAAUGGUGUGAACUUGGAAAAUGUUUGCCCCUGUCCAGUGGAUGGCUCCUGCCCUAAGGUUCUGGUCAAUUCAAAACCAGUAGAACAUCCUAAUGGCUGUGGCCCCUCAUUAGUUGGGAUGGGAGUGGGGACUGCCAACCUCCAAGACUUGGAGAGGGAGGGUGGUUCCCCUUCAGUCAACUCACCCAGAGACUUCCUCCUGCAUGUAGAACCGACCGGGUUGGGGAACCCCAAUGAGCUGACUGUAGUCAGUCCAUUGCAGGGCUCUUGCCCCAUGCAGUCAUUCAGUUUUGAGCCCCUCAGCAGCCCUGAUGGACCAGUCGUCAUCCAGAACCUCCGCAUUACUGGCACCAUCACAGCUAAAGAACACAGAGGCACAGCCUCACACCCCUACACACUAUACACCAUCAAAGUAGGGAAAUGA